AGUAACAGUAGACGGUCAUUAGUUGCCGGAAAACAUGAAACCUAAGUGUCGUUUAUGUCUAUGCUCAGUGGGGAAGGAAACUGAAUACUCUGCUACUCUCACUGACGAUGGAUUUCACGAAAUGCUCAAAACCGUGUUUCGAUUUCCGCUUCCGACGGUACAAGUAAUCUCUGGUAAAAGCUGUAAGUUACCACAUACGGUGUGUCCGCAAUGCUCCAGUACCGUCCGGAACUUUUAUAGUUUCACCAAGCUGACGGAAGCCAGCCAGAAAAAACUGCUGACAGAAUGUAUGGGUACGGAUUCAAGUACGUUCGACGAACUCCUGCAGUACGUAAAAGCAGAACCUGAUGAUGGUAUCGAUGCAAGUGAUAUAAUAGAUAAUAAUGUAUCCUCUCAGUUGUCGUUCGAUACAUUUGUCCCGAACAGGGAGAAUGGUUCAAAGUUGACUAAACGAAAACCACACCUGGUUCACAGCAAUUCGCACAGUUUAGCCAACAAAGCAACAUCAGACGAAGAACCAUCAUACGGAUGUGAUGAAGAAGAGGUCGCUAAGAGUAUAGCAAUGGUAGAAAACCGUAUGGAUACUAUAGCAACAAAAAUGGAUUGGCUACUAGAACGCGUAGGGAGUUCCGGCAAACAACAAUUCAGAAUACGUCAUUCAUCUUUUCAGCUCACUCCAGUGAAUUCUAAUGAUGAGUUAAUAUCUUUAAACAGUCAGUUGAAAGAUGAAGAGUACAUGGAAAAGGUUCUAGGUUGGUUGGACCUAAAUGUCACAGCGGUCGACAGUGCCAGUCGUAUGCACCAAGCACUGGAUAUGGUUUUCACUCGAACAUUUCUAUCCGGAUGUAGUUGGACAGGACUGAGUAGUAAAGGAGAAGAGAAGAAGAAUGUGGCAAUUCGUAUUCACACUAACGUGCUUGAGUUAUUUAGACUAAUUGGAAGCACAAAUGUUUGCAAAAUCAACCUUAGCAUCGUCACAAUAUUUUUCAUGAAAAAGCUACAUCACGUGAAAAGCAGGGCAGUACAAGCAAUUCGUAAAUCAUCCUGUCGGUCAUCGUUUCUACAGAAACCAUAAUCCAUGUUCCCCUUUCUAUCUAUAUAUCUCUAUCCUGAAAAGCCGGCAGUUGCGGUUGACCUUGCCAAUUGUUCCAUCAAAUCCAAGAGAAGAUAGCGAUUUGAUGAACUAAUAAAAACAAAACAAAGAACUAGAGAAUCAAAUUAUAAGAUUUUUUUUUGCGAAUACAAAUA